AUGGAAGAACCCCAAUCUCAGUUACAGCUUCGCGUCACAGAUUGCAGGGACACCCGCAUUAUGGGUAAGAUUAAGGACUUUCUCUUCUCUCAGUCUUCCGCAAUUAAUGCUUCCGUCGUCGAACGUCGAAUUCAAGAGCUUUUCACCUCCUUUGAAACCCCAACUCAUCCGCCAUACGCCUUGAUGAUACAGGAGGCAGUAAAGGAGUUAAAUGAAAGAAACGGAUCGACUGAGGAGGCUAUCUCGGAGUUUAUCAAAAAUGAGUUCCAACAUUUACCCUGGGCUCAUUCGAGGAUUCUUGGUCUUCAUCUGAAAAAGCUUUGCCAGGCUAAGGAGCUUUUUCGCACAGAUAGUGGUACAUAUACGCUUAUGGAUGAUUACUAUAAGUUUGAUGAGAGGAAAGAGAAAGGUUGGAGGGGUGGCAGAAGGAGAAAGAAAAACAGAAGGGGACGAAAUCACAGAGGUGGAGAGACACUGGAAAGAAUUGAAGGUGCAGAGAGAUGUAAUAAUUUGCAUGAGCGUAAGAAUGAAGAAAAAAAUCAUCUUUCAGAGUUACAUGGUACAGGGACCGAUGAACCAAUUGAGGAAGAGGGACAACCUGAAAUAGGGCAACUUGGUGUGACUGAAGCGUGCCAUGAACUGGUGGUUCAGGGACAAGAUGAAACAGAAACACGACAAAUUGAAAACUCCGACGAACGAAUUCAAGAGGCAAUCAUGGAGUUGAAUGACAAAAUCAGCUCAAGCGAAAUUAUGAGCACCGAGCCUCAUAUCGUGAGGCUCGUGGAAAGACAGAACCCCAUGGUGAUCAAGCUACGCAUUCAAUGUGAGAAACAGUCAGAUAAUUUGAGAGGUGAAGAGACGCUGCAAAGAACUGAAGAUGCAGAGAGAUGUAAUGAGUUGCUAGAGCAUGAGAAUGAAGAACAAAAUCAACUUUCUGACUUACAUGGCACGGGGACUAAUCAAAUGAUUGAGGAACAGGGGAAAUCUGAAAUGGGGCAGCCUGGGGUGACUGAAGAGUGCCAUGGACGGUGGGUUCAGGAACAGGGUCAAGGAGAAACACGACAAAAUGAAAAUACCGACAAAUGUGAGAAACAAAUUGAGGCCACAACUCAGAUAUCAAGAUUCUGCUCAGAUGAAAUCAGUAAUAAUGAAAACUUAAGUUCUUCACUUGGUUAUCCUACUGUUGCAGAAAAUCAAUGUGAGAAUCAGUCAGAUAAUCUGUUGGCCAUGGUAGAAAAUCAAUCACUUACACAGCAUAUUGAGGCCACAACUGAGGUAUCAAGAUUCUGUUCGGAUGAAAUCAGCAAUAAUGAAAACUUGAGUGCUUCACUUUCUAGUCCUACUGUUGCCGUUAUUCCAAAAGAAAAAUUGCAGACUUCAGAGCAAGAAGAACAGCAUCAGAACGAGACGCCUUCCGUCCAGCAGAAAUUCUCUGGUGCCUGUGAAUUGCUUGUGGAUCAGGAGGCUCUCGGAUUUCAUAUGGAAACUCCUUGUUCAUCCCUGCUGACAGCACCAGACCUUCCAAUUGAUCUGACUUCCAAUUCCCAGACUUGUCUGACAUUACCUGUUUCUACUGAGUUCUUGGAGCACGCACCAUCAGAAUGGGUAGAAUUAACCCCAACACAAUUGCCCGUUCAAACCCUUAAGUGUGGUAUUGCAGAGACUGAUUUAUAUGCAGCAACCAAAACGUUAGCUUGUAUGACUGUUCACGGGCACAAACAACAGGAUGAUAUGCCAGGAAGUCCCAAAGGGAGGGUGGAAGAGAGCACGGCUUUUUGGGAUCUGGAGAAGCACAUGCCAAUAACGCAAUGCGGUGAGUGGCAACCUAACGAGAAGUCUUUUACUGACUCUCCAGAGGUGUCAUUGUUGCCCUCGGAUGGUAGCAUUGGUAACACGCAGAAGCCUAAAUAUAAGCAGCUGCAGUUGAGACCUCAAGGUGAGGUUAGAGGGCGUGGUCGUGGGAGAUCUUUCGAGCUAGAUAGAAGUCCUCAUCAACACAAGGAGCAGUUACAGCUCCAGGACCAAGCUCUCACUUCAGUGAGCUUUCCUAGUUUAGAACCAGAUGAAACAAUUUACUCAUUGCCUAAUCCAAACCUUCCUGCCGCUCCUAAGCUGCAGCAGUUAGUUGAUCCAACUUCUGAAGAUGGCCCAGGUUGCACAACGAGAGAAACAUCACAACUACAGUUGGAACUGCAAAUGUCAUGGCAAAGACUUGUAUACGGAGAUUUGGGCACAGCAUCCAAAAUGGAAGAUUCAUUGUCUUCUAUGAGUGGUUUAGAAGACAAGCCACAGCAACAUGGGAAUAAAGGACGUCCUAAGCGAAAGUUGAAUUUGGAUGGGAAAACAGAAUUUGGACACCUUGAACAGAAGUUGCCAAAGCGAAGACGUAGAGGGAGGCCUCCUAAUCCAGUGCCUACUGAAGACUGCUCAUGGACAUGGGUGCCAGUGGCGCCCUCAAACAAUGGCAGUAAUAGUGAGAGAAACCCAAAUUUCUACAACAUUGUGACACACAGGAGGUUGCAAUCCCCAGGAAGUAUUGAACGUCAUUGUGAGUUCUGGCCACAAGACCAAGGUCAAGUUCAGGUGCAUUCUCCAAAUUUGGCAGAUGAUAAUAACCCAAGUUGGGAGCAGACACAGAGGACGGGCCCUAAACAGAAGUCAGAUGCAGAUAGAAGCUGUCAGAAGCAGAUGCUUUUGCGACGUAGUAGCAGUAAAGUUCGGCAUAGGGGCGAGCUGGUGCAGCUGAAACUAUCCAAUGCAUACCAAAACAAUCAACAGCUAUCACCAGAAACUUGUCAGAGUCAAGGUAAACGCCUGUUGAGGUCCAGCUUGACUAAAUCAAAUUGGGGUGCAAGCUAACCCUGUAACGGUGUAAGAGGAAUGAACAAUGAUGUUUUGUAACACGUGUCUGACCGUACAAUCCUGACC